AUGGAUCGUAGUUGGAUGAAAGCUAAUCGUUUAGGUGCAGAAUACGAUAAAGGAAUGGAAGCAUUUUUUCAAUAUGCUUGUGCAAAACUUCCUAAUAAUAAUAAGUUUUAUUGUCCAUGUGUUAAUUGUUUGAAUAGAGAGUCGCCACUUUUAAUAGAUGAAAUACAAAAUCAUCUUGUUUGUGAGGGCAUUUGCCAAAGUUAUACCAAUUGGAUAUGGCACGGUGAACCGUCAAACAAUACGUCAAGUGUGUCAGAAAGAGAGGUAGUUGACGUAGAUAUGGACAAUCGGCUAGAGGACAUGAUCAAUGCUAUUGGACCCGAGUCUUUUCAGCAUGCUCAUAUGUACGAUACUUUGUGCAGUGACAAUGAAGAGUCAUUGUAUUCGGGAGGCACUAACUUCACACGGUUAUAUGCAGUGUUGAGAUUGUUCAACUUGAAGGCAAGAAAUGGAUGGACGGAUAAAAGUUUUACCGAACUACUUGAGUUGUUGUGUGAAAUGCUUCCUGAAGGAAAUAGAUUGCCAAAUCGUAAUUACGAGGCAAAAAAGAUAUUGUGUUUGAUGGGUAUGGAGUACAAGAAAAUACACACAUGUCCUAAUGAUUGCAUAUUAUACCGAAAUGAGUAUGAAGAGUUGAAGGAGUGUCCCACAUGCGGGCAAUCACAUUUUAAAGUGAAAGAUGGUGAUUUGAAUAGUGAUGAAAACACAAAGCGUCUUCCUGCAAAGGUGUUGUGGUAUCUUCCAAUAAUUCCAAGUUUCAAAAGAUUAUUCGCUAAUUCAAAAGAUGCAAAGAAUAUUAUAUGGCAUGCGAUUGAGAGAGAACGUGAUGGACAACUUCGUCAUCCAGCUGAUUCUUUGCAAUGGAAGAAAAUUGAUGAUUUUAUCCGGAUUUCGGUAAUGAGGCAAGAAACCUUAGGCUUGCACUUGCUACUGAUGGAAUGA